AUGAAUAUACUUUAUGAUAGAGAUCAUUACAAAAUUGCUCUUGGACAAAUGAACACUGCCAGGCACUUGAUUGACGGUAUUGCACGCGAGUAUGUCCGUUUAAUGAAAUAUGGUGAUUCUCUCUAUCGGUGUAAAAUGCUAAAGAGAGCAGCUCUGGGUAGAAUGGUGAAGUUAUUAAAGCGACAGAAGUCGAGUUUUGAUUAUCUCGAGCAGGUUCGACAGCAUCUCUCUCGUUUACCCUCCAUCGAUCCCGCGACAAGGACGUUAAUUCUAUGUGGUUUUCCAAAUGUGGGUAAAUCGUCCUUCAUCAAUAAAGUUACACGAGCAGACGUUGAAGUUCAACCAUAUGCUUUCACUACGAAGGCACUUUACGUCGGACAUCUUGACUACAAGUUCCUGCGGUGGCAAGUAAUCGAUACUCCCGGUAUACUGGAUCAAGCCCUCGAAGAGAGGAACACAAUUGAAAUGCAAGCAGUCACGGCUCUCGCUCAUCUUAAAGCUGCUAUUCUUUUUGUUAUGGAUAUUUCGGAGCAGUGCGACAGAACCAUAGAAGAACAGGUUCAUCUCUUCGAGUCGAUUCGACCACUUUUCGCCAAUAAACCUGUGCUGGUUGGUCUGAACAAAGUAGAUAUAGUGCGUAGAGCAGACAUUCCAUCAGAGAAAGCAGCGCUUCUAGAAAAACUUGAAAAGGAAGGAGUGCCAGUUGUGGAAAUGUCAACUGUUACUCAGGAAGGAGUCAUCAGUCUGCGAGAUAAGGCAUGCGAUGCAUUGCUGGCUCAGAGAGUGGAAACGAAAUUGCAGUCAAAGAAAGCAUCAGUUGAAGACACUGUCUUGAAUCGCAUUUUCGUUGCCUAUCCGACACCUAGAGAUGACAAGGUUCGUGCUCCAUACAUUCCUGAACCUGUCAAGCAGCGCAAACAGCGCAUGCAGACCGAUGAACCCAUAGAAAGGGAUGAAAAUACCAGAAGACUGGAGCGCGAGUUGGAGUUGGAACUAGAAGACGAUUAUAUCCUGGACCUAAAGAAGCAUUACAUGUUGAAGAAUCCGGAGGAGAAAUACGACGUUAUUCCAGAGAUUUGGGAAGGUCAUAACUUGGCAGAUUUCGUAGAUGUCGAAAUUCAAAAGGUGUCUUCUUCGUUGCAUUGUCAACUGGAAUGCAUGGUAAUAUUUCUUAUGCAGAAACUUGCCGAUCUGCUUGCUGAGGAAGAGCUACGCGAAAAGGCGGGCGAGUAUGAUCCAGAUUUGGAUAGCGAUGACGAGGAGACUAAGGAGAAGCUGGAGCUGGCCAGGCAGAUUCGAGAAAAGGAGAAGUUGCUCACACUGGAAAACCAGAUAAACAAGAAGAAAGCGGGCAACCAUGUGUCGAGGUUGAAUGUGCGCAAACGUGAGAGAUCAAUGAGUCGUUUGGAAGAGCAGAUGGAAGAGCUCGGUGUUCAGGUUGACACAAAACGUAUGAAAAAUCUGCAAGGACAGGCUCAGAAGCCUCAGCUGGGUAAAAAGAUAAAGGUUGGGCGAUCACCAAGCUUGAGUGCAUCACGACCACCGCCAAGAGAUGAACUGGGUAUCCCUGACAAGGCUAAGAGAUGA